AUGCCUGCCCAGUUGAUUGACGGAAAGGCGAUCGCCCAGCAGUUGCGGGAAAAGAUCCACGCCGACAUUGCUGAGUUUCAGAAGAAACACGCUGACUUCCAGCCCAACUUGACCAUUAUCCAGGUUGGCGACAGACCUGAUUCUUCUACUUACGUUAGAAUGAAGUUGAAGGCUGCUGAGGAGGCCAACAUCAUUUGCAACAUUGAGAAGUUGCCAGAGAGCGUCACGCAGUUUGAGCUUUUGCUGAAGAUUUCUGACUUGAACGCUGACAUUUCCGUGGACGGCAUUUUGGUCCAGCUUCCAAUUCCAGGCCACUUGGACGAGACCCAGGUCACCAACGCUGUGGUUGCUUCUAAGGAUGUUGACGGUUUUGGUCCUCACAACGUUGGCGAGUUGAGCAAGAAGGGCGGUUCUCCUACGUUCUUGCCUUGUACUCCUAAGGGAAUCAUGCAAUUGCUUGAACAGUCCAAGGUGGACGUUUCUGGCAAGAACGCUGUUGUUUUGGGCAGAUCCGACAUUGUGGGCCGUCCAAUUGCCAACUUGUUGAUCAAGGCCAACGCCAAUGUCACUGUUUUGCACUCCAAGACCAGCCCUGAGCUGUUGCAGGCCCAUUUGGCUGCUGCUGACAUUGUGGUUGUGGCCAUUGGCGUGGCUAACUUUGUCCAGGGCGCUUGGCUCAAGGAAGGCUCUGUCGUUAUUGACGUUGGAGCCAACUUUGUUCCUGACGACUCUAAGAAAUCUGGUUCUAGAAUGGUUGGCGAUGUUGAUUUCGCUUCUGCCUCUGAGAAGGCUGCUUUGAUCACUCCAGUUCCAGGUGGAGUUGGUCCAAUGACCGUUGCCAACUUGUUGGAUAACGUUGUUAUUGCCGCUAAGGAGCACUACCGUGUUAACAACCAGACUCCUCAGUUUACCAACCCACUUAAGUUGGACUUGCAGAAGCCAGUUCCUUCUGAUUUCGAGAUUUCCAGAGCUCAAAAGCCAAAGAGAAUUAACCAGGUUGCUGACGAGGCCGGUAUUUUGGACUCUGAAUUGGAGCCAUUCGGUUUCUACAAGGCUAAGGUCUCUUUGGAUAUCUUGAAGCGUUUGGAGAACAAGGUCAAUGGUAAGUACGUCUUGGUUACCGGUAUCACUCCAACCCCAUUGGGUGAGGGUAAGUCUACUACUACUGUCGGUUUGGCCCAGGCUCUUGGUGCCCACUUGGGUAAGAACGUCUUUGCCAACGUCAGACAGCCAUCUAUGGGUCCUACUUUCGGUAUCAAGGGUGGUGCCGCUGGUGGUGGUUACUCCCAGGUUAUUCCUAUGGACGAGUUCAACAUGCAUGUCACUGGUGAUAUCCACGCCAUUUCCAUGGCUAACAACUUGUUGGCUGCUGCCAUCGACACUAGAAUGUUCCACGAGAACACCCAGAAGGACACUGCUUUGUACAGAAGAUUGGUUCCUGCCAAGAAGGGUGAGAGAAAGUUCCCUGUUGCUUUCUUGAACAGAUUGAAGAAGUUGGGUAUUGACAAGACCAACCCAGAUGAGUUGACCGAGGAGGAAGUGUCCAGAUUCGUUAGAUUGGACAUUGACCCAGACACUAUCACCUGGAGAAGAGUGGUGGACUGUAACGAUAGAUUCGUGAGAGGCAUCACCAUCGGUGAGGCUCCUACCGAGAAGGGUAUGACCAGAAAGACUGGUUUCGAUAUCUCUGUCGCUUCUGAGUGUAUGGCCAUCUUGGCUCUUUCCACCUCCUUGUCUGAUAUGAGAGAGAGAUUGGGUAAGAUGGUUGUUGCCGCUUCCAAGGCUGGUGAACCAAUCACCUGUGAGGAUAUUGGCUGUGCCGGUGCCUUGACUGCCUUGUUGAAGGAUGCUAUCAAGCCUAACAUCAUGCAGACCUUGGAAGGUACUCCAGUGUUUGUCCACGCUGGUCCUUUCGCUAACAUUUCUAUUGGUGCAUCCUCUGUUCUCGCCGAUAAGAUGGCCUUGAAGUUGGCUGGUACCUCUCCAGACUUGAACGACGAGGAAAGAGCUGCCCAGGAAGGUUACGUUGUCACUGAGGCUGGUUUCGACUUCACCAUGGGUGGUGAGAGAUUCAUGAACAUCAAGUGCAGAGCUUCUGGCUUGGCUCCUGAUGUCAUUGUCAUUGUCGCUACUGUCAGAGCCCUUAAGGUCCACGGUGGUGGUCCAGAGGUCAAGGCUGGUGCUCCAUUGGCUGCUGAGUACACUCAGGAGAACGUUGAGUUGUUGAGAGCCGGUUGCUCCAACUUGGGUAAGCACAUUGAGAACGCCAAGCAGUACGGCUUGCCAGUUGUGGUUGCCAUCAACAAGAUGUCUUCUGAUUCUGACAAGGAGCACGAUGCUGGUGCUGCCGACGCUAUCGUCUCCAACCACUGGGAAGAAGGUGGACAAGGUGCCGUCGACUUGGCCAGAGGUGUCAUUGACGCUGCCAACUCUAUCGACAAGGACUUCAAGUUCUUGUACGAGACCGAGCCAUCUGUGGCUGAGAAGAUUGACACCAUUGCCAAGAAGAUGUACGGUGCUGGCGAGGUUGAGUUCUUGCCAGAGGCCCAGAAGAAGAUUGAUCUCUACACCAAGCAAGGAUUCGGCAACUUGCCAAUCUGUAUUGCCAAGACGCAGUACUCCUUGUCCCAUGACGCAGCAUUGAAGGGUGUGCCAACUGGUUUCAAGUUCCCUGUCAGAGACGUGAGAGCUUCUGUUGGUGCUGGCUACUUGUACGCGUUGGCUGCCGAGAUCCAGACGAUUCCUGGCUUGCCUACCCACUGUGGAUUCAUGAACGUGGAGGUGAACGACGACGGCGAGAUUGAUGGUUUGUUCUAA